GUCCAUUUAAAUUUGUAGAUGAAAGAUGUUCGUGUUGAAGCAUCCAAUGACAUAGUUAGUUAAUCGAAUGUGGAGAAUUCUUUAGCAAUACGGAGAAAGUAAGCGAAUAGUAAUUUCUCGAUCACAAACGUGCAUGACCUUGUUAAAUUUAAACAAGUGCUUUGGCACGUGUGAUUUUUAAUCAGUUUUACGUGCAUUUAAGUGGCAAUAAAAUUAUUUAUUGAACUCAUGUAACGAAAGGAUGAAACUGCAUUUUACGUUAGUUCAAACAGAAAAACAAUUGUUGUUUCUUCAAUAUUCAUUAUCUCCGAUUACUCAACUAUGACUCAUAAUGACACAAGCUUCAACUUAUCUACAAAAAUAGAACUGGAUUUCAGAGUAAGCCAGCUGAGUAACAAAGAUAUUAAGAGGUCUCCGUUGCAGUUCGUAAAAAUUAAACCACACAGUGAGAAUAAAGGAAAAUGUCGUGCCAUACCAAGUCGUCAUAUAAUAGUGAUUUUAGGAUUUUUCAGUUUUAUCAUCAUUAACUGCCAAAGAAUAAACUUAAGUAUGGCUUUAGUUGCUAUGGCAAAUCAAACAGCAGCAUCUAUUUUUCCUACAAUAAACAGUUCAGCAUAUAUGAAUUUCAGUCGAAGAUAUGAUUUCACGGAAGAUAAUUUUCAGGUUAUAGGAAACCAAGUCUUGUGGGAUGCAGAAACUCAGGGCCAUAUCAUGAGCGCCAGCUUCUUAGGAUUUGUGUUAACAAACAUACCUGGUGGGCGAUUGUCUGAAACUGUUGGAGCAAAGGAAAUCCUCUUAUUUAGCUUAGGAUGUGCUUCAAUAAGCAAUAUACUGUCACCACUGGCAUCGACUUGGGGUGCUUACGUUCUUCUGGGAAUGCAACUUGUCAAAGGCUUAGCACACGGCUUUAUUCAACCAGCAGUUAGCUGCAUAAUGGCACAAUGGUUUCCUAUACCCGAGAAAGCCUUUCUCUCAAGUGUAUCCAUGUCAGGAUAUCCAGCUGGGGCAAUUAUUGGAGGUUUUCUAUCUGGUGCCUUAUGUGAUAGUAAUUAUUUUGGUGGUUGGCCUUCAGUAUUUUAUCUCUUUGGAUUUUGUGGUAUGAUCUUGACGUUGUUUAUUUAUACUUAUUUAUCUAAUUCACCAGAAGAGGAUAAAUCUAUUCUGAUCUCAGAAUUGAAAUACAUAAUCAGUUAUAGAGAAUCAACACCUACAGAAAAAGACUCAAUUAUCCCUUGGAAAAGGAUAUUCUCAAGUUCAACUACAUGGGCCGUUUUUGUGGGUAUGUUUGGGCAAUAUUGGCUGAUGUUCUACUUUUUGUCUGUUCAUCCUAUUUAUAUUGGAGCUAUAAUGCAAUACACAAAUACCGAGAGUGGAUACCUCAACUCAUUGCCAUAUAUAGGACAGGUCAUAAUAAUUUGGGUAUCAAGUUACGCAUCAGAUUGGUCUGUGAAAAGAAACUAUGCAACUGUUUGCACCGUUCGUAAAAUCUGCAACAGUCUAAGCUGCGUAGGAUUUGCACUGUGCAUGAUUGGCUUGACUAUUGCUCAAUAUAAUUCAAAGUGGGAUGUGAUACUUAUUAUUAUUGCUAUAAGUGCUUCAGGAUUUGGAUAUCCCGGUAGCUGUAUUGUUCCCUUAGAUAUGAGCUACAAUUUUGCAGGUACGUUAAUGGGAAUAGCAUGCACCGUGGCCAGUGCUUCAGGCUUUAUCAUACCACUUAUAGUUGGAUCCUUAACAAACAACCAGCAAACUCCACAGCAGUGGAACAAAGUAUUAUACAUUUCAGCUGGUGUUGCUUUAAGUAGUGGAAUUAUUUUCAACUUAUUUGGUUCUGCAAAUCUCCAAAACUGGAAUACUCCAACCGAGGAAAAUCAACAGGUCGAGGGAAUCGGAAAAAGAAGAUUUGAACAAAAUCUUGAAAUCUCACCCUCAUCUCUUAGUUCCAUUCCUCUCCAAGAUUUAAAUAAUUUAUCGAUUAUUACAGAGAGACUGUAGUAUUGAAAACUUAAGAGUCAUCUUCAUUUAACUCAAAAAAGUUCUGUAAGCUCAUUCUGAAACACUUAAUGAAAACAAAAGAUCAAAUAUUAACACUAUUGCGCAUAAAAAAAAGUCAAAAUUGUGAAAUAACUUUUACUGAGUUAUGAUGAUUUUCACAACACUGCUAAAGUCAAUUUGAAUUCGCGCCUGAAAGAUUUGUCACAUCACUCAGAGGUUUUUUUUUUCUUUUGGUUAUUUAUAAACAAUGAUUAAGUAAAAUACGAUACCUAAAGUAAAGGUUUGAAGCAGUAUAGUAAUACGCUACUCUUUUUGCAAAAAUGAAAUUUUAAGUCAAACUGUACCUUAGUAUUGUUUCCAGAUAAACAUAAGUCGAAUACAAUAUUUCCUAAAAUAUCCCCUAGAUGGCAGCACAAUACAUCGAAAAAUCUUGAUAGAAAUUUCAAUGCUAUUUUUUGAACAUGCUCUACUAAACAAUUUGAAAGUAUGACUUAUUGUCCCAAAACCUUGUCAUAAAGCCAUUCAGACCACUCUCAUGUGCAAGCUUAGAGAAUAUCUUACUUAAUUUUAAAGGAAAAUGUCACUUAUUGUAUUAUAUACAAUAAGUGACAAGCAUAAUAUUUUUAAUAUUUGUGUAUAUUUAUGUAUAUUAAAUGUCUUUUUCAGUCAAUAAAUGUCUUAUGUACUAAAAUA